AGGUUCAUUAUUCUACGUCGAAAAAUGACCCCCGGUCAUUAUUCUACGGGGGUCAUUAUUCUUCAUUACACCGGUUCAUCAAAUGAUGUACUUUGAAGAUGUCUUGAUUUAUGCUUUAUGAAAAGGAACAAGAUCUCCGUCCUGGUUAUCUUUGAUGAUGAGGAACAGCUGAACAUUCUUAAAGAAUGUCAUGAUGAUAAUGGUCACAAAGGUAUCAUAUCUGUCAUUAACACGAUUGAAGCCAGAUAUUUUUGGCCAAAGUUGACUAACCAAGUGAAGGAAUAUGUACUAUCACUACAGAAGUUAGUCCAGGAUGCUGACUCUUGGGAUCUGCAACUCGAUCCAGCCCUAUUUGGGAUUCUCCAGGCCAUUUCCCGCACGACAAAGUAUUCACCUUUCCAGAUAGCAUAUGUAAGGUCUCCUACACUUCCGGCAGAGAUGAAACUCAAAGAAAUGGAAACACCGAAAGAAGCAACAGAAGACAUUGUUGAAAACUUGAUGAAGUACAGGAAAACUUUACACGACAUAGUUGAGGAAAACAUCAAGGAUGCCCAGACGAAAAUGAAAGAAGAUCAAGGAAGAAAAGUUGCUGCCAAGAAUUCGUUUGCACCUAGGGACAUUGUGUAUAGGAGGAAUUGCCAGAAAUUGCAAAGGAAACAGUCAAAGCUGAAAGAACUGAAUUGGAUUGGGCCAUACACCAUUUCUGAUGUUUCAUCCAAAGGAGUUGCAACUCUUAUGGACAGAUCCGGAACAGUGUUAAAAUUGAAGUGCAGCGUUGGAAACCUCAAGUUAAAGAGGAGAAGACCAAGGCAUUUGAUGGAUCGAGUGAAAAAGCCAUCACCAGUGAUGACAGUUUCCACAGAGGAAACCCAGAAAAAUGAACAUCAGAGUGAUAGUGAGUGUCUUUUAAGAUGGUGCAACAUGAAGUUUAGCCAAAUGAAGACGAGGCUUCUACGAGAUCAUCAUCACCAGUUUUGUCAGAUAGGACCCUGCAGGGAGUCGGAGGAAGACUGA